AUGGUUCCUGGAAAUGAUCCAGCACUGUUAUCCAUCAGCAGAGGCAAUGUUCCUGUGGAUCCCAUGGAUCAGACAUUUUGCAAUAUCCAGUAUAAGAUUUCAGAUGCUCUUGGCCCCCUUCUACUUAUUUUAGUUAAAGCAGAGAGGGAGGGAUCCUCUCAUAGCCCUUCUCUACCUACCUUAUUGGCUUCUAAGAUGGAACACUUGAAAGCUUCUAGUAGAGCUAUGCUUAUUAUUGCGCAAUCUUGCAAUUAUAUUUCCAACAUCCACAGAACUCGCUGGCUGCGCUCGGCAGGGAUGUCUGAUUUGGCUCCUAAGUCACACAAGUUUCCUAAUUUGGUAGACUCCUUUCUUUUCAGCCCCUCUGCCAUGCAAGAGGUAAAAGGCAGAUAUAAAUUAAAGAAGAGUGUUCCAGGUUGUAAGAAGCCCUUUCAGACCAAGGGUCAUUCCUACAUGGCUACUGAGUAG